AUGACAAAGCAUUGGAUAAUACGGAUUCGUAGACCGUCUUUAAAUGCUGCUCUAGUCGUAUUUGUUGGGGGAGCCGCAGCUAUAUGUUCGUGGUGGUUACUCAGGCGCAUUUUCUUUGGUAAAUCAAGUCAAAAUGGUGUCCCUUCGGAUCAUGUCAAGCUUGGAAUUCUUGGCUCUGACGUUUCAUGUGCAUCUCGACAUCGCCUUGAUGCCACCUUAACUAUGUCGCCUAUAGCUGCCGUACCAAACGGUAGCAGAGUACUUUCUCAUCGCACCUCAGUUUCAACAAUCACCUCCCUUGCCGCGGAUUGUGGGAUGAUUGGUCUUGAAGCAUUAAACAAAAUUGUUGACCAACUAGAGGACUGCAUGAGUAAGAUUACUCGCACAAUUCAGCAGUUUAAUUUGAAAGAUUCAAGUGCUGAUGUUUUCGUAAGAGAGUUGCAAAGUUUUUUAGAGACGUCAUAUCUUUUAAGAGAACGAUUCAAGCGUGCUUUUAUUCAGGAAGUUCCUGUAUUUGCGUCCGAACUUCAAGGCGUUGAUUCACUUUCUGACAUUGAGACUGAGUCAUACUUUUCUGCUGUUGAAGAAAUUGACUUCUCUGAACUCGAAGUGCAGAUUUCCUCUAAUUUUCAUCGGCCAUUUUACCGCAGUGCCUUGAAGGAGCUGGACGAAGGCAAUGUUACUUUUAGAGCUCUUCGCACAGAAAUGAUGAAUUGCCGGUCGGAUAUUGAGUAUAUUGGCAAAUUAGUAUGUGUUCGACGCGGGUUCGAUUACAUCUUUGCCCAUGCUGAACAGGUUGCUUGGCUUGCGCAAGCUGGAGAAUCCCUAGCGUGUGGUGCCCUCAUUUGUCUUGGGUGCGGAACCAUGGAGUUUGAAGAAGCUUAUGAGUCUCUACUAGGAUAUUUGCGAUCGACUAAGGAUCCUGAGAAUCUCGCUAAUUUUGUCGACGAACUGGCAAGCAAGGACGUCCGGGCACCAAAUUUUUAUGACAUAUUUUUUGAUCGUAUCCUGAUAGACGCCCUUGAAAUCCUGAGUAAUCCUCCUUCUUCCAUCCUGGCGUUGACGCGCAACACGUGGCUGAGCCCUGGCUUCAAACGCUCUGCUCUCGAUUCGGCUGUAUGGACUCUCAUGGCUGCGAAGCGCAAGCUACUCAAGCAUCCGGAUGGCUUUUUCUCGCUCUACUACCGCGUAGUAGAGACAGUCGCAUCUGCCAUGGCAUGGGGUUUCCUUGGCUCCGAUGAAGUCCUUAACACUUUCUGUGACUCCAUUCGAGAAGAGGUGAUCACUUUUCUGCGCUCACUCUUCAGAUUUAACGAAGUUGAUCCAUCACGUGUUAAUUCGGGCGGUUCUUUACAUGCUUUCCCAUAUCCGAUGGAAAAUGAACACGACUUUGAAGAUGACGCCACGAUCACUCCUGAUGUGGGUAAUGCCUCGUCCAUCUAUGAUGCCUACACGGGUAUGGAUUUCACUAGUAUUGAAGCCUUUUCUGCUUGCAUCUACUCCAACAUUGCGACUCUACAUCGGCGACUAGCCACCUUGAUUAUUGAUUUUUCGAUAAGUAGGAACAUGCCCCUACAAGCCAGCGUGUUUAAGGGUCUCAAUUCUGAUCAACCACCGUUGCCAAAAAGUCCUACCGAAAAUGUGUCACUAUAA